GUCGGUGGUUUUCUUGUGUCUGUGUCAGUGUGUUGAGUUCUGACCUCUGUUCACGUCCUCACACCACCAGCCCUCAUCCGCCUGCCAGGGCCCUGCCUCUAUGGCAGCAGCGGUAACCCAGAUCUGCCUCCGCUCUGAGGAGUGAAGGGCGUCUGAAGGAACGUCUCCGUGUCUCCUCGCCAUGGCAGAAGCUCUGCCGCUGUGCUACCACGGCGCCAUCAGCAAGAAGGAGUGCGAGGACCUCCUGGGGAAGAAGAACAAGGACGGAGCGUAUCUGAUCCGAGCCAGUGAGACGCUGCAGGGAGCCAUGUGCCUGUGCGUCUAUAAUAAGAAGGUGGUGAAUACCUACAGGCUGUUUCAGACCUGUACUGGACAGUACACUCUGCUGACGGCAGGAGGUGUGCAGGAGAUGUGUUUUAAGACCUUGGAUGAUCUGAUUCGUCACUAUAAGAGGAAGAACCAGGGCAUGGUCAUGCACCUGCGGCACUCUGUGAAAAGGAAGACGGCCAUGUUGAUCCAGCCCCGAAGACCUCCUGAAGAUCCAGUAGAUGAAGACAAGCAGAGGACGUUUGAGGAAGCGUCUGACUAUGAGAAUGUUACGGACUCCACCUACGUUGAGGUCCUUCCUGAAUAACUUCUACUUCAACACUUGAAACAAGUUCAGAGUCGCACACUGGAUUUAAUUCAGAAGAUGAAGGAGAGAAAACAUGGAUGAGAUGAGCUUCAGACGUUCAUGUUCACCAGAGGAUGAACCCCACUGAGCUACGUUCUUUAUUUUUAAGCUUUUAUCAGAAAAGGGGAAACGACUGUGUGACUCAUUUCAUGAAACCGUUUUCAUAUGAAACAUGCAAACUUUCAUACAUGGAAACUCUUGACCUAUGUAGCUUACACUAUUUAAAGUUGACUGAGCAUCAGCGCCCCCUGCAGCCACACGUGGGCAUUACUCCUGUUGGGCUCCUUGUUGAGCGAUUUAGUGGUUUUCAUGUAGAGAAAAAUCUAAUUCUGUGUAGAUAUUACCCAUGAUCCUCUGCUUCCUGCCCCAGAAGAGACUAUUGAAGAUAAACUCUGGUUUUUCAGAGUGUUUAUAACUGAUCUCAGGUCAGCUUCACUCUUCACCUGGAGCUGGUUGUGACAGUUGAAGCUGUGACUCUGAGUCAGUUCUUCUCUCAGGAGAUGGAACCCACUCAGCAGAGUCACAGAGAACAGACGCUCAGGGAGAGAAGGAGGAAACUUCCUCUUUGUUCAUCAGACUCACUUUAUUCAAACUGUGGAUUUGGGGUAAAAACAAAGUUGUAUAUUGUCGCAUUAAAGAAAUUCCUCAGUGCAGCAAAAUAAAAGUCUGUUGUUAUGUUGUCACUUAUUUUCCACCACAGUCAACAUCAACAUCCAUCGACAGUCGUUCACACAGAACACACAGCUUCAGUUCUUUCUUUUGGUUUUUUCAAUUCAGAGACAAACCACUUUAACCACUUUCAGUUCUUUGACCUUAAACAGACUCACAGACACAACUUCUUGUUCUGCAAAGAUCAAAUUCAUGAAGACAGAAGAAGCUCAGACAGAGCAAAGAGUCCUCUUCCCUGAGUCAUGAGAAUAAUGAGAAUAAUAAAAGAGAAGUUAUUACAUGGUGUUUGGAUGAUGUUCUGCAGAUGUCACAUUAUGUGUGAACGGAUUGUCGUUUUUAUUAAAGAAAGAAAACUAUAAACCUU